AUGACAGCGAUACGCAUUCCGCCAGAAGACGUGGAGCGGCCACCCUCACCUCCGGCCAAAGCUUUGCCAAGCCAGCGUGAGACCUCCGCAGAGUUGCCAAGCACGGCGGAACUAUCCUCAGCGCCUGCCCCCAAUGCUGAGCCGACUACUCUGCGCCUUCUCGUUGCCGAGGACGACCCUAUAAGAUCGACUGAGAUGCCAAUUGUCGACGGCAUAGAGUCUACUCGGAUGAUCCGCCAGUUUGAGCGAGGAUUUGAAAUCCCGCUGUCUGACAAAGCCAGCAAGAAUGGUCGCGUACCCGUCUUCGCUGUCUCAGCAUCGCUCCUUGAGAAAGACGCACAACUGUACAUUGAAGCCGGCUUUGACGGGUGGAUCAUGGAACCCAUCAACUUCAACUGGUUGGGUGUUCUCUUCGACGGUCUUCAGAACCAUGACAUCCGCAAUGCAGCCACCUACCAACCUGGCCAUUGGGAGUUGGGAGGCUGGUUCAAACGCCAUGAAGAACUUUGA